GCUGUCACGUCAGUUCAAAUCGACAGAAAGCGGCAGGCCAAGAAUAGCAAGGACAUGUCGCGGACGUCCCGGACCGAUGCCAUGAAACCUUCUUCAGCCCUCACCGCAUCCAUGGCAAUCUGCCGAGAUCUCUUGCGCUGAGGACAUGCGCUCAUUUGCGCGUGCCAUGGCCCUCACGAUCCGGGCCGUCCGAUACGGUCCUCCUCCGCCUUCUCCGUCUGUUCGUUGACCUUGGCCAUGGUUCUUCGACCCAACGGCUGCCUAUAAAGGCUGCCGUCGUCCUCCGUCUCUCUCAAUCUCAUCAACCCACACCACACUCCAAGAACACCUUCGUUCUACAACUCUCUCGCUUCUACUUUCGUUCACACAACUACAAACAAAUCAACCAACAAUGAAGUACCUCACGCUCCUCGCCUCAACUCUCCUCGUCACCUCCGCCCUCGCCGCUCCCGGCUACGAGUACAAGUCCGAGGAAGAAUGCACGACCACCUCUUCUGAGGAGUGCUACACUACCACCUCUUCUGAGGAGUGCUACACUACCACCUCGGAGGAUUGCUACACCACCCCGACCCCGUAUGACUGCUACCCCGUCACCGUCUGGUCCACUUGUUACGAAACCGACACUUGCACAGUCACGGACAUUGAGUACACCACUGAGUACAAGACAUGUACCGAGACCGACUACUCGACUUGCUACGAGGAGACCACUUGCUACGACACUUGCACCACCACUGAGUACUGCACCACCACCGAGGUCUCCUACUGCACCGAGUCCGUCUGCAAGACGCCUUACACUACCUACGUUUGGGUUCCCCCGUCAUACACUGAGUCCUCUUGCUCGACUGUUUACCCUUGUGGCUAUACCGUUCCCACGGAAACUUGCACGACUACUGAGACCUCCAUCUGCUACGAGACCACGACUUGUUACGAUGAGGUGACCUACUGCUACACUGACCCCGGCCCGACCGUGACCAAGGAGGUCGAGGUUACUUGCACCGACUACGUUUACUCCACCGAGUGGUGCACUGAGACCUACACCGACUUCUACACCGACUGCUCUACCUACAUCUCUUACUGCACGGAGACUUGCACUGUCCCGUACACUUGCACCGAGACCGAGACUUGCACUGUCACGGCGACGCCCAAGACGGAGACUUGCACGUACACCUCGAUCGACUACUGUUACUCCACCAUCUACGAUGAGUGCACGGUGACCGAGACCUGCUACGAGACUGUCACGGCUGACUGCAAGCCCACGACCACCGAGUGUGAGCCCACCGAGACCCCUUACAAGAAGGGAUGGUUCUGAGCGAGUCGUUAGUGCGGAAGGAGUUGAUGGAAAGCUGAUGAGAUGACGAGUUCUACUUCUUGGUCUUUUUCUUCGUAUUUUUGGUUUUCUCUUUUCUUGACCUCCGAUCUUUUGAGCUGGGAGGUACCACUCUUUCUGCAUUUCUCAGCGAGAUGAGUCGGCUUGAUCUUCUUUUUUAGUACAGUUUUUCUUGGAUGUGCGUUCGUUCGUGUUCGUACUUU